UUCGCCUGAGGAUGCUGCCCCAGCUUCAGUUCAGAGAUGCCUUUUGGUGCAGGGACUUCACGGCCCACACAGGCUAUGAGGUGCUGCUGCAGAGACUGCUGGAUGGCAGGAAGAUGUGCAAGGACGUGGAGGAACUGCUGAGGCAGAGGGCCCAAGCAGAGGAGCGCUAUGGCAAGGAGCUGGUGCAGAUCGCCCGGAAGGCAGGCGGCCAGACAGAGAUCAACUCCCUGAGGGCUUCCUUUGACUCCCUGAAGCAGCAAAUGGAAAAUGUGGGCAGCUCCCACAUCCAGCUGGCCCUGGCCCUGCGCGAGGAGCUGCGGAGCCUCGAGGAGUUCCGUGAGAGACAGAAGGAGCAGAGGAAGAAGUACGAGGCCGUCAUGGACCGUGUCCAGAAGACCAAGCUAUCUCUCUACAAGAAGGCCAUGGAUUCCAAGAAGUCAUAUGAGCAGAAGUGCCGUGAUGCCGAUGACGCUGAGCAGGCCUUCGAGCGCAUUAGCACCAAUGGCCCCCAGAAGCAGGUGGAGAAGAGCCAGAACAAGGCCAAGCAGUGCAAGGACUCAGCCAUGGAGGCAGAGCGAGUGUACAGGCAGAACAUUGAACAGUUGGAGAAGGUGCGGGGCGAGUGGGAGCAGGAACACCGGACCAGUUGUGAGGCCUUUCAGCUGCAAGAGUUUGACCGACUGACCGUCCUUCGCAACUCCAUGUGGGUGCACUGCAACCAGCUCUCCUUGCAGUGUGUCAAGGACGAUGAGCUCUAUGAGGAGGUGCGGGUGACACUAGAAGGCUGCAGCGUGGAAGCCGACAUCGACGGCUUUAUCCACGCCAAGAGCACAGGCACCGAGCCCCCAGGUGAGGGCCCACCUGCUUUCCUUCUUGUCCCCAGGUUCUCUGGACUGCUGCACGGGAGUCCCAAGACUACAUCAUUGGCAGCUUCUGCAGCCUCCACAGAGACCCUGACCCCAACCCCCGAACAGAAUGAGAUUGUCUACUCUACCAUCGCAGUGAAGGAGGCGCCGGGCCCCCCAACUCUGCCAGCCCAGGGCUACAGGGUGCUCUAUGACUACACGGCCCAGAAUUCCGACGAGCUGAGUAUCUCUGCGGGAGACAUCCUGGAAGUCAUCCUGGAGGGGGAGGAUGGCUGGUGGACAGUGGAACGGAAUGGGCAGCGUGGCUUCGUCCCUGGUUCCUACCUGGAAAAGCUCUGAGGAAGGGGCAGCAGCCCCCACCUGGACCUGCCCUGCCCGUGAGGCCAGUGGUGCCCCCAAUCACUGCCCUGGCCUUCCUGGGGCCCCAA